CAGAAGUCCUGUUUGUUGUGAGCAAAAGCUCUUUGCGCAAUCAGGCUGCCACAACUGGAUGUCACCCAUAGGAAACUGCCAAAGAAAGGGGAUGGGAAAUAGAAGCUGGCACAGACAGUACAGAAUUGGACAGCUGUACAUGAUCAGUAAGCACAGCCACGAGCAAAGUGAUCGUGGAGAAGGGGUAGAAGUGGUGCAGAAUGAACCCUACGAAGAUCCGAAUUAUGGGAAUGGUCAACUGACCGAAAAACGGGUUUAUCUGAACAGCAAACUCCCAAGUUGGGCAAGAGCUGUUGUCCCCAAAAUAUUUUAUGUUACAGAGAAGGCAUGGAAUUACUACCCAUACACAAUUACAGAAUACACGUGUUCAUUUUUACCUAAAUUCUCCAUUCACAUAGAGACAAAAUAUGAGGACAACAAAGGAAGCAAUGAUAACAUUUUUGAUAAUGAAGCCAAAGAUCUUGAGAGAGAAGUCUGCUUUAUUGAUAUUGCCUGCGACGAAAUUCCUGAGCGCUAUUACAAAGAAUCAGAGGAUCCUAAACACUUCAAAUCAGAGAAGACUGGGAGAGGCCUAUUAAAAGAAGGCUGGAGAGACACUCAAGAGCCCAUCAUGUGUUCCUACAAACUAGUGACUGUGAAAUUUGAAGUAUGGGGACUUCAGACUCGAGUGGAGCAGUUCGUUCACAAGGUGGUCAGAGAUAUAUUGCUGAUUGGCCACCGACAGGCUUUUACAUGGGUGGAUGAGUGGUAUGAUAUGACUAUGGAGGAUGUUCGAGAAUAUGAGAAAAAUAUGCAUGAAAAAACCAACAUUAAAGUUUGCGAUCAACAUUCAUCUCCUGUGGGUGAAAUAGAGAGCCAUGCCAAAGGAAGUGUAUGUAGCCUCUUUAAAAAUAUUGCCCACCCUCUGCUAGAGCAAAAAAGAAAGAACACAAGUGGUCAGAUUUUGCAUGACAAUGAUUUCUGUGGAACCAGACUUGAUCAGUGCAAAGGCUCACCUUGAUUUCCUUCUUUGCACCAUUUUCCCAGUGGAGAAUUAGAAGGCUCAGAUAAAAUUUGAGUGGUGAGCCUGCUGUAGAAAUAUCCUCAAGCACAUUUCCCCACCCCAAAUGUACAAUCUUAUCUUAAAAAUCGAGUUCUGAGACAGCUAUGCACAGCCCUGAUUGUGUAACUCCCUAUGAUGCCACAAGACCACUUCUCGCUCCCUCUUCUAAGCAGCUUUCCCCUAAUAUUUUCAAAAAAUGGACUGUUGCAUGUGUGUGUUUUAAGGCAGGCAACAAACCAAUGUUCACUUGAACAAAUACUGCACACUUUUAAAAAGGCGUACAUGGCCGUGAACUGACUCAGCAUUUGCUUUGUUUGUUACAUCUGUCUCUGGUAUUGUGAACACAGUGUGAAGCCAGGCUUACAGUCUGGAGAGAUCUGUGUUGCAGCUCCUGUUUUGGGGUAUGCCUGUUUUAACUUCAGAUGUGGAUAUCUACUUCCAGUGGAAAAUGAAAUUUUUAGGUUAGAAAUUGGGCGCACCAGGUGGCAGAUUUACAUCCCAGUUCCCUGUGCCAAUAAAUGGAGCUCUGCUUUCCACCAAAGUUGGUGGUCUGUUAGGUCAGAACCAGGCAACGCAGAGCCAGCACUUUUCUCCAGAACAUACUGGGUAUGUUUUUGUGCGCAAGUAUGGUCUCCCUCCACUAAAAUUAUUGGGGAAGUUUGGGCACGAGAGAUCUCCUGAGCGGUGUGCUGAGCUUCGGUUUGAUUGAUUCAAAGUCACGUGACUGCUCAUUAAUCAAUCAGCAAAAAGAAGAGAACAGAGCUGGGGCAAUUAUCUCAAGUGAGUGAAAUACUUGCUUUGAGAAACAGGCAAACGAACGCCUACUCCCAUCAGCAGCCCAAUUGAUAGUGCGAAUUAUAGCACGGUGUAGCUGCUCAGCACCGCUCUCAACUGUUAUGAUCACAGAUUUCCAUUCCCAUGGGACUCUGCCACAUCUUCAAUUCCCACUCUGCUGCCUUUUGCCUAUCAUGUGUUUGGGUGUCAGUUUUGCCAUUAAUAUGAAGUGAUUCUAGCAGCCUCAUAAUAUUGAUACCAGUGCAAUCUGCACUCUCCUAGUCUUUUACCAAUAUCCUUCCCAUAGAAGUGAUGAGUAGCUAAAGUUAAAUAGAAGGUUGUCUAGCCUGCUGAUAGGCCUUGAGGCAUUUGACUAUAACAGAGGUCUUUUCAAAAGAGCUUUUGCUUGGGAGCAGUGCUGCUUAUAAUUAAUUGGGUGGCGGUUGUACCCUGUUUCAGCUUCUCUUCGGGCUUGUCCACACUGGAGUUUAUUGUGUGCUUGUAUUCCCAUUUAAAUUUCCAUAAUCCACAUGACAUUACCCUCAAAAACACCACUCAAUGCUUUUCUCCUGUAAUUUCAGGUUUACCAGAUCUGGGGAUAAUCCAGUAAGGUGGGGGAAACCAGGUUCCCUACCACUCCAUUUGGGGUUGCAGACAAUUUGUUUUGGUGGUUUGGCCUGUGUGGAUCAAUUCUUACUUUCUGCCACUCCUCCUUCCAUGGCUACUAUUUCCUUAAUGCUUUCAUUUAUUUUCUGGCCAUGCUAACAAUAAGAACAUAGCCAUAAUAUAUAUAUUGAUCCAUCAGAUGUGUACAAAAUCAGAAAACUGCACAAACCACAUAAAAAAAUUCUGCACCAGAUAGCUGUGCAGCAAUCUGAAAAGUAUGCGCUGAGAAUUUAGACUGGCUUUUGUUUCUUUUCCAGCAUGCUCAGGUUCGCCAGAAGCGGCUUAGUCAUGCUGGCCACAUGGCCCGGAAGCUGUACGCCAGCUCCCUCAGCCAAUAAUGUGAGAUGAGCGCGCAACCCCAGACUCGGUCAUGACUGGACCUAAUGGUCAGGGGUCCCUUUACCUUUACCUUUCAUAACUAGCAUGUCUAGCAUGUUCCUGGACAGAGGAGUGUAGCUUUGGUUUUUUUUCUUUUGAUCCCUCAGAUUUGCACUAAAUAAAGGUAUGUGCUGAGCAUUUACAAUUGCCUUUGUGCUUAUGCACAUUUCCUGGGUGGGGGAAUUAAAAAGAGAGAGGUGUGCUUGCAGCUAUCUGUGCCCUGGUACUUAAUCGACAUAAUAUAAUCAAUAGAAUAAAAUUAGAAGGUGGGGGCAAACACAAAAGGGAGUGACUACUGGUAUGAAUAAAAAAGAAUGAAUUGCUCCUCGUAUUCAAAUUCAGAUAUGUAUGGAUAUGGCCUAGUCUGGUCUAUUUUGAGUGGAUUGACCGCUACAUAAUGCUCAAAUGUGGGCAAGCUCUGAGUUUCCUUCAUGUGUGUCCAUUUCAUUGAAGAAAAGCUGAAACUGAAACCAAGCUGGGUUUUGCAUUGAAUAAACAAACCCUUUGCUAGUACUGUAUUUAAAACAGCAACCUGGAUUUGAGGCAUGCAAAUCUCAGGUGACCUUUUGCUGAACCCAUCUUGAAUUUUGUAUCUGUAGAGGGGAAAUAACCAGAAAGAAUUGUGCUUUGGAAUUUUCUAGGAGGGAAAACUUUAUUUACGGUGAAGUAAUUCUGCCCUCUGGUGGAGCUGCACAGCCGUGUCUAACUGGUAUUUUAUUAAUUUGUGAAUGAAAACCCAAAGCCUUUCACUGUGAAAAGAAGGACAUGUUCUAUGGCCUGGUUGCACGUGCUUUGCAUCAGCCAUUUUUUUCAGCAGUGUAAUUCCUUCAGGUUUGAACUCACUAGCUGGAUUCUUAACAGGUUCAUCACUGGAAUGAAACCAAGACUGGAAUGUUUUCUCAAACACAGCUUCUUCUGACUUAGGGUGCUUCCAGACAGGGGUUUAUUGUGGAAUUGGUGCUGGUCAUGUGCAUGAUUUUUUCCCCAGUGUCCUUAUGACAUCAUCAAAAUUCCAGCUCAUACUUUUUUUCCUUUUGCUUUUUUACAUUUAAUCUGGCUUCCACUUUAGUGUGGAAUAUCCAACAAGUAAUAUAUAUAUAUGCAAAUAAUGCUGGUGUAGAAGCUCUUUAGCACAUUUGGUCUGGUGGUUGGUUUGUCAUAGGUGUGGUGAUGUUUCAGUGGAUAGCAUUUAGCACUGCACUUCUCCUUCCUAGCCUAGCCAUUUUGUUUAAAAAGGUAAAGGACCCCUGACGAGGUAAGUCCAGUCGCAGACUCAUCUCACUUUACAGGAGGGAGCCGGCGUUUGUCCGCAGACAGUUUUUCCGGGUCACGUGGCCAGCAUGACUAAAGAAGAAGAAGAAGAAGAGUUUGGAUUUGAUAUCCCACUUUAUCACUACCCUAAGGAGUCUCAAAGCAGCUAACAAUCUCCUUUCUCUUCCUCCCCCACAACAAAGCAGAGCAGCGCACGGAAAUGCCAUUUACCUUCCCGCCAGAGCAGUACCUAUUUAUCUGCUUGCACUUUUUGGCGUGCUUUUGAACUACUACGUUGGCAGGAGCAGGGACUGAGCAAUGGGAGCUCAGCCCGUCGUAGGGAUUCAAACCACUGACCUUCUGAUCGGCAAGCCCAAGAGGCUCAGUGGUUUAGACCACAGCACCACCUGCGUCCCUAGCCACUUUAUUUACAGCUUCCCAAAUGAUAUGAGCCUGUGUGUUAAAAAACAAACAUAACCAAAUUGAAAUGGAUACACCCCCUUCCUUGGUGGUUUUUAAGCAGAGGUUGGAGGGCCAUCUGUCAUGGAUGCUUUAGCUGAGAUUCCUGCAUUGCAGGGGGCUGGACUAGAUGACUCUUGGGGUCCCUUCCAACUCUAGAAGUCUAUGAUUCAACACACAUAACCCUCCAUGUUGUCCGUUGUGAAACAUGCUAACUAAGGCUGGUAACAUUUGCUCUCGUGCUGUUCCUGUGGUUUUAAUUUUCUGGAUCUCCAUGGGCAGGUAUACUGAUGGAUAGGGUAGUAAAAACCUCCAGACACAUUCCGUCAAAAUCUGUCCACUCAUUUGCCAAUUGCGCACAUGGGAAAAUCAAACCUGAACCAUCCACUGGCAGUAUAUUGCCCCUCUCUGGAAGCACCCUUAAAGCAGGUCUCAAAUGAAUCAUCUGUUGUUACUGAGAUUAUUUACCAUGUAACUGGAUAGACCAGGUGGACUUCCAAGUUUCCUUUCAACUCUGUAUUACCUUGGUUUGAGUGUUUUUUAACAGUUCAUGAACAAAC